CGAGCGCUGCGAAGAAGAAGAAGUCUGCACAAACACAAGGACAGCACGGUUAGAUCAAGACUGGAGUUAUGGCUCCUGCAGCACAUGUGUCAGCUGUACGGUCUCUGUAUAAGAGGAUCCUGCUGCUGCACCGCUUCAUGCCCAUAGACCUGCGGGCUCUGGGUGAUCAGUAUGUGAAAGACGAGUUCAGAAGACACAAGACUGCAUCAGCUGAAGAAGCGAGGCUCUUCAUGGCGGAAUGGCAGAACUACAAAGACACUCUACAGACACAGGUGCUGGAAGCGGUGGGAAACAAGAAGUUGGCGUUUGGCUCUGAAUUAUCUGAAGAGAAACUCAAAGACUUGCAAGACGAGCAGAUCGGACAGCUUUACGAGCUUAUGCUUGAGUCCACAAAACCCAACCGGCAGUUUGAUAUUCAAGAGGAGGGAACGCCAAAGUAACACACCCUCUGAAGGGAAAAGAAGGAUUCUUUAUCUCCUCUCUACGGGGAAGUCGUCCCAAUGGGACAUGUUUUGACUCUUUCUUUUGUUCUGUUUUAUUCAUAGUGAAGACCGAUGAUUACAUUAAAAUGUUUCAAAAAGUA